GAAGCCCAGUAAAAGUAGCAAACUAAUUGAUCAUCAUAUCAACGGUAUGGUAGCUUAGAGAGAGAGAGAGAUGGCAGCAGACGAGGGCGACGAGAAAAACAUGGCAGCUUGGCUUGUUGGUGUUAGAACACUUCGAAUUCAGCCUUACAUUCUUCCUCCACUUGGCCCUCAUGAGGUGAAAGUCAGGAUUAAGGCACUUGGUAUAUGUGGAAGUGAUGUUCAUCACUUCAAGCACAUGAGGUGUGCCAAUUUCGUAGUGAAAAAGCCUAUGGUGAUCGGACACGAGUGCGCCGGAAUCAUAGAAGAAGUUGGGAGCCAAGUGAAGUCUCUAGCAGUUGGUGAUAGGGUGGCUCUGGAGCCUGGGAUAAGCUGCGGAGAAUGUCAUCUCUGCAAACAAGGCCGCUACAAUCUCUGCCCAAAAAUGAAAUUCUUUGGCUCUCCUCCCACCAAUGGCUCCUUAGCUAAUCAGGUGGUGCAUCCUGCAGAUUUGUGCUUCAAAUUACCUGACAAUGUGAGCUUGGAAGAAGGGGCAAUGUGUGAGCCUCUGAGUGUUGGUGUCCAUGCAUGUAGGCGUGCUGGCAUAGGUCCAGGAACCAGAAUCUUGAUCCUCGGAGCAGGCCCCAUUGGCCUUGUAACCAUGCUGGCAGCUCGUGCCUUCGGGGCUCCAACAAUCCUUAUUGCUGAUGUAGAUGACCGCCGCCUAUCAUUCGCCAAAAGCCUUGGCGCAGACCAGACCAUUCAAGUCACACCAAGCAUUCAGGAUGUGGAGAAGGAAGUGGAGCAAAUCCGAGAAAAAUCAGGUGGCAUUGUUGAUGUGAGUUUUGACUGUGUUGGCUUCAACAAGACAAUGGCAACAGCCCUGCAAGCCACUAGCUCUGGUGGGAAGGUUUGCCUCAUUGGAUUAGGCCAAACCGAGAUGACAGUUCCUAUUACUGCUGCAUCUGCAAGGGAAGUAGAUAUUGUGGGCAUUUUCAGAUACAGGAACACAUGGCCUCUCUGCAUUGAAUUUCUUAGAAGUGGGAAAAUAGAUGUCAAGCCACUGAUAACCCACAGAUUUAACUUCACUCAAGAGGAGCUGGAACAAGCCUUUGAGACCAGUGCUGGUGGUGGUAAUGCCAUUAAGGUCAUGUUUCACCUUUAAACCAAACAUGAAACUUUACAGUGUUUCUCAGUUUCUCAGCAAACUCUAAUAUGUAAUAGAAUAAUGUCAUUAUAGACACAUGUAACACAAUAACUUUGCCUAAGAAUCUUAAGAUUGAUAGGCUGUAGUGCUGUACACAUGGAGGGUUGUGCUCUUUUGAGGAAAAAAAUAAUGAAGAAUAUGACAAGGAUAUGCUAUUUUUAGACUUUGCUCA